AUGCAACGCCCAUCAUCUCCAUCUCCUGUUGGAGAUGAUCCCCGACGAGAUGCAGCAGCAGAAGAACCAUACCCCCCACCACCCGACUCCUCCCUCGACGCUGAAUACAGCUUGAUACUUAACUACCCGCAAGAAGACGACUACUACGCACUCCUUUCCCUCCCGCGCGACCCGGCCCCAACAGACGCAGAUAUCCGAUCCGCCUACCGCACGCUCACGCGGAGCUUCCACCCGGACAAACAGCCCGCGCACCUGCGCCAGGUCGCGGAGGAAUACUUUGCGCGGAUCCAAGAUGCGUACGAGACGCUGAUUGACCCGCGGAAGAGGGUUGUGUAUGAUUUGCUGGGUAUCGAGGGCGUGAGGGAGGAAUGGAAUGCUGGGGGUGUGAUGGGGAGAGGCGGGGAGGGGCGGAAAGAUGUCGGGGUGAGGGCGAAGACGCCGGGGGAGUUUCGGAAGUGGUUUCUUGAGGCUAUGAAGAGAAGGGAGAGGGGGGUUGUGGAGGGGAUGGUGUCGAGUCGGGGAUCUAUUACGCUGGGGAUUGAUGCUUCGUCGAUGAUUACGGUUGAUGAGGAGGAGAGUGAGGUGUACUUUCAUGUUCCGUCUCUGCAGCCGUCUUCGUAUGCGGUUUCUUACACCUUCAACGCGCCUUUUCCGACGUCGAGACUCUUCCUUGGUGAUUCGGUUGAGGAAGAGGAUGUCGAGGAGGGAGAUGAGGGUGGAGAUAAACAGACUGGAAAGCAUGGUCCCUAUGAAACUGAGACCGACAUGGCGAUUCAUGCAAGUAUUACGGGAAAUAUACACCAACGAGAACAGGCUGUUAAGCUUUUACUUGAAGAUGGAACGGAGGAAGAAACAAAGGUUCGAAUACCGCCGAUCCUUGUUGCAAACAAUUUGACCCUCGGUGCUUCUGUAAAUCGCGUCCUUGGAGAUGUUACAAGCACCAAGGGUAUCCUGGGAUUACGACCUUUCCGAUUCUUGAAUAACUCUGUCGUGUCAGCCGACGCUUUGGUUUUACCAGCUCCGGCAAUCAAAACCUCCAUCUCCAAGGCAAUCAUGCUUAUUCCUGGCACGAGACCCUUCAGAACUACCUUAAACACUACCUUUAGCCAUUCACUAUUCAAGUGCCUGCCAAUGAUUGAAUUACAGACAUCAAAGCAAGUCGGCAUGAAGAAACAUGUGUUCUGCAACUGGAACAGCGGUACCAUCGGCUGGCCACUUAUCAUACAGCAAAUAUUUAGCCCGAUCGUUGAGCUUGGUAUGGAUGUGGAAUCGGCAUUUUCUGUUGCAAACCAGCUCAGUCAAUUCCAAAUCGGCUUUAUCUCAUAUCCGCAACAACCUCAAUAUGUCACUUCUUUGGAAGAGGAAGAUGAGGAAGAAGAAGAAGAAAACGCGGAGUAUCGAAAGAUGCAAACCAAGAGCCGUGAAAUCAACAAAGCGGCCGAGUCCUGGCAAUCCCAUCUUGCAGCCACUCCUGCAGGAGGCUCACUAUCGGUGGUCUAUGCCCGUAAUAUCUUCUCCGGCACAACGGCCAAUGACUCCAUCCGUUCUGAAUGGAGUUCCGAGGGCCAUUAUCCGUUACCGCCGGAGGUCGAGCCGCGUUCUGUACGACUCGAGGUCACAACCACCAUUACACACGAUCUUUCCAUGGCCUGGAACAUUGAAGGUGUUCGGCGGGUGAGCGACUUCGUGCGCAUGGGACUGGGUAUUGGAAUUGACGGGGGACACGGUCUUGUCAUGACGGUAUCAUGGAGCCGACUGGGACAGAAGAUUAGGCUUCCCAUCACAGUCUGUCCAUUGGAGGUUGUGAAUGCGGACGCCGCUGCCCUUGCCACGAUCUUCCCGUGGCUGGCAUACUGCGCCGUGGAAUUCGGACUCAUCCGCCCUCGCGACCGAAAGAAGCGCCGUCAAUUAAUCGCUCGAAAACAGCGAGAGUUGAAGAGGUGGAUCCCGAAGAAGAGGGCAGAAAGCCUGCAAGCUAUCGCACUUAUGGAGGACCAAGUACAGCGACGGCAGGCGAAAGAGGAGGCUAAAAAUGGUCUGGUCAUUACCAAGGCUGAAUAUGCGUAUAACCCGGCCGCGAAAAAGAAGAUCAAGGUCAAGGAUACCUCGGAAUAUGAAGUUGCCGAUGUCACAAUCCCCGUGGCUGCGUUGGUGGAUCGCAGCCAGCUCGUGAUUCCACGAGAGAGGGUCAAGUUCCAAAUCCUUGGAUUCUAUGACCCGGCACCGCUUCUCCCGAAGAAAUUGAAAAUCUGGUAUAUGUAUCAUGGAAGAGAGCAUUUCGUGGAGGCGCUUGAUUCGGAGGGCAUUACGUGCCCUAUGCGAUCGCAUUUACUUCCGCAUUAA